CCCUCCGUCUGCUCUUUUCGCUCGUCUGUUCUGCGGGCCAGACUUCCACCUCUGGCCGGCCACUCAUCCAGACUGACUCCCGAGAAACACAUGGGGAAGAAAUAAACUGCGACACGACGAAAGGAAAAACAAACAAACUUUAAACUCGAUGGAAAGAUGUAAAAAUCGGCCUGGAUACUAAACUUGAACACAGAUUGCGCCCCUCCUCUGAGCACUAGCAGCGGGCUGGGCAGCCUCCACGGGACCGUUAGGUUUACAGCUAGCUAGGUGGGACCCGGAGCACACAGUGGAGAAAAGACUAAACAAGACAUCUCGCCUCACACUGAGUUUGACUUUAGUCCUCACUGCGUGGGAAAACUCCAAAAAUGCUGUCACAGCUGAGUGAGUGGUUCUGGCAGGAGAGGCUGUGGUUUCCAGAGGGUCUGGGCUGGGCUGACCUGGAGGAUCGCGAUGAACGAGUAUACGCCAAAGCCAAAGAUUUGUGGGUGGCUUUGCCCAUCGCCCUUGUAUUCCUCAUUAUUCGACAGAUCUUUGAGAGGACCGUAGCUACACCCCUGGCCUCUCUACUCGGUGUGAAAGAGAAAGUACGACGCAAAGCGCCUCACAAUCCCUCACUGGAGUCCUACUACUGUAAAAUUACCAAAAACCCCACACAGAGUUCAAUAGGGACUCUUAGCAAGCAGACCGGCUACUCAGACAGACAAGUGCAGAGAUGGUUCAGGAGACGGAGGAACCAGGACCGACCGAGUUUGCUCAAAAAAUUUCGAGAAGCCAGUUGGAGAUUUACCUUUUACCUUCUUGCUUUCAUUGCUGGCCUGGCCGCCCUCAUCGAUAAACCUUGGCUGUACGACCUGAAGGAGAUGUGGCAAGGCUUUCCUGUGCUGACUCUCCUGCCAUCACAGUAUUGGUACUACAUGAUUGAGCUGGGUUUCUACAGCUCUCUGCUCUUCAGUGUGGCCUCCGAUGUGAAACGCAAAGACUUCAAGGAGCAGAUUGUCCACCAUGUAGCGACCAUCCUCCUCAUCAGCUUCUCCUGGUGUGUUAACUACAUCCGUGCUGGAACUCUCAUCAUGCUUGUGCACGACUCCUCUGAUUACUUUCUAGAGUCUGCAAAGAUGUUCAACUAUGCUGGGUGGCGUAAUGCCUGUAACUACAUCUUCAUUGUGUUUGCUGCAGUCUUCAUUGUCACUCGUCUGUUCAUCUUCCCCUUCCGCAUUAUAUACUGUACUUGGAUUUACCCAGUGACCGUCUACAAGCCCUUCUUUGGCUACUACUUCUUUAAUGGGCUUCUGAUGGUUCUGCAGUGUCUGCAUAUCUUCUGGGCUGUCCUCAUUAUACGCAUCGCAGUCCGCUUCCUCACCAACAAUGAAAAAGUAGAUGAUGAAAGGAGUGACAAGGAUGAAACAGAUGAAUCAGAAGAAGAGGAGGAGAGGAAGGUGCACGACAAAAAGAACAUGAAGAAAAAUGGACCAGUACAGAACGGCCAUGUGGUCUACAACAACAAUCACAGCAAGACAGAAUAAAAGCAAACAAGUGUCAAGAUAAAGGAAUGUGGGACAGACUCAUAUCCCCUCGGUAGGGGAGCAGGAGGGAGGGAGGAAAAGAGAAGGAGGGAAGGGACAGGCCAUUCCUUAAAAACAAGAACACCAGGUAUCCCGAGGAAAUAUGACACUAAUUCCUUUUGCACGACACAAAAACACACUAACACGUGUACAUUCGUACUUUUAGAGGGCCCAGAGACCCAGCAGAUGUUUCACAUCAAAGUGACAGCUGGGUUUUUUGUUCUUUGUCAUCAGAGAAAAAUGUAUCACUGUCACAGUGUGAGACAACAGUCCCAAAAUAUAGGAGACAGGAAAGAAAAUGGAGAGGACCAAAAAGUGUGGAGAGGACACACUGUAUGUGUAGAAGUGAUGCUGCUUCUUCUUUAGCUUUCUUGUUCUAACUGUGCCUUAGAGCCAGCUAAUUGCUGUCCAAAUGCCAUUUUAUAGCUUUUAUGCUUUAAUCUUAUGUUGCUCUGUUUCAUUCUCCUUUUCUGUUUUCUUCUAAAAGAGCAAAUGACUGAGCGUUUUUAUGAAAGUUUAACGAUAGGGUAUUGAUUUCCCUAAUUUUUCUGUCUAUGCAAGAAUGUGUAUGUACAGCUAUUGCAACAUCUUUGCACAAACAUACAGUGUCUCUUAUAUAAUGUUAUCUACAGUAUCAUGUAAUAAUGUGCAGUAGGACUGUGUGCCUCUGCUCCCCAAAUUAGCUGGUGCCAUUUAUAAACCAGUCUGCCUAGUAAGUUUUAAAUAAAACAUGUGGUUUAGAUAAACAGCAAGAAAAAUCUUGCUUUUAUUUGUUUUAAUUGCAUAUCAGUUUUGGUGUCUGAGGCCACCUAGAUUGUUGGUGUCUGAGGCCACCUAGAUGGCUUCUUUCCUCCACUUUCAUCUGUCUUCCCAGGCCAGAAUGCGAACACUGUCAAAUCAAGAAUGUCCUUUGUCCUUCAAAUAGAGGUGGACAGUUGAGUCCUGCCCACAUGAGCUGGCUCUUCUGUAAUGUACCGUGCCAUGCAUUUAUGCAGUGGUUGUUCAGUACAAUCCUCCUUAUAUUGCACUGCAUAAACUACAUUGCUCUGUUUUUGCCUUGGAGUUAGUCCUUUGAGUGAAGGAGUUUCUGUCUUCAGGUGUUGCAGGGAUGUGGUGAUGGAGCAGAGUUUUUUUUUUCUCUGGUUUGGCUGAAGUACUUUGAUUCAGUCGAGUGCCGAAUCACAGUGAUGUGAAAUGAACCGAAUGUGAGAAGCUAUGACUCUGUAUAAUAAUUGCAAAGGGCGAAUCACUCUGUUCAAAUGAAGGAACUAUGCUAUGGCAAAUGAAAUAAGAAGAUUAGCCAUUUCCACAAUUUACGCAUAUUGGCCAUAUUUCCUCAGUUUACUGCCUAAUAUCCUGGGGUAUAUUUAUUUACCUUGGGAAGAGUGUUGAUCUAAGUGAAUUAUUUUUGGUAUGAAACGGGUUUACAGGUAUGUUGAUUGAUUUUUUUUUUUUCCUUCCAGGAAUCUUUUUUUUUUUUUUUUUGAGAUCUUUCGAGGUAUUAAUGAAAAAUGUGUUGCAAAUUUGUUGUCAUGGUUUUAAGUUUUUUUGUAUGUCAAGUGCCUUAUCUGUAAUGUAUGGGACGGUCUCCCUCUCUCAUGUCUUCAUGUUCCCUCCUUUUGUUUCCUGUCUCCACCUCACAUGACAAGAUUCACAUUCUCCUUCCCUGUUGUCUCACUCAUCACUCACAUUUCACCUCUUUCAUUUCCAAACUUGCACUCAUUCCACCAAACAUGAUAUUUACUAGCCUAGACCAACCAGCAACCUCUCUUUUCCCGUGAUACAGAAGAAACAACUAUGUCCUAAUUACAGUGUUAUUUUUUAUUUUAUUUUUUCUGUUUAAUGAUGCCUAAGUAUUGUUAUUAAUAAUAAAAAAACAGGAGAUUGUGAAUCACA